AUGAGUUCUGAUGUGCCCAGAUCUGAGGCCUCUUGGUUUGCAAACCUCUUUAUCAGGAAGCUCGAUCCUGUGAAAGAAUCUCAAUCUGAUCUUCUCUCUGAUCAUUCACAAGUUUACGAACUUCAAGCGCAUUCUGUUCAUCCAAAAUUUAUGAAGCAGUAUCUUGAUGACUUGGCCCGAGCCAUUGCCUUCCGCGAUACUAACCAAGAGGCUGUGGCGGGCCUUUUUUCUCAUAUUGGUGAUAUGCACAUGGUUCAUCAUAUUUGGGCAUAUGAUGAUCUAGAACAACGAAGAAAGUCUCGGGAUGACGCUUGGCGGCGGCCAGGAUGGGAUGACUGCGUACUACAUACUGGUUAG